AUGUCCGCAGAACCAUUAUUACCCACACAUAACGGAUCGCAGGGAGGGGAAGUGAGGUCCCCAGAUCAGAAGUUCAUUGUGAUACGGUUUUCCGACGUAUCAGUAAGGGAUCUGCAGUUGAACAUAUCAAAUGUACCAUUUUCGAAUAUAAAUACCCACUGGCUACGUCGGAUGUGUAGAGAAUUGAGGCCCCAACAAACACAAAAAAGAAGACUGAAGUUUAUAAGGAACGGGAGUAUUCUGAAUACGCAUUCCAAGAUUGCUGAGGAACUGACGCAUUACUUCGAUACUGCUAAUAACUCUAACGUCGCAACAGGCACCAGCGUGGCACCAGAGCAGAACAACUACUAUAUUCAUUGUAUAAUUGGUACAGAGGAGCUGACACAAGCAGAGUUAGCCAACGAAGAUCUAAAGGACGAUGCAACUCCGUCCAAUGACUCCAUGACCACGCAGGCCAUCGGGUUUGAUAGGCUACGAUCCGUGGGAUUUACUGAGCAAGAAAUCGAACUGCUGAGGCAACAGUUUCGGGCCACGUAUGGAGAUUUGGAGGAGGAGGAGGAGAGACUUGCUCAAAAUGGCAACAGAGAUGAUGAGGGCCAUGACAUUAGACAGUUGGAGGAACAGUGGAUGGAAAGCGGGAGUGGGACCGCUCAGGGGAAUGGGGCCGGAGGCGGCAAUGAAGACAGGUUUAACUCUGUGCCGAUCGCUAACAUAAAGCACAACAAAGACUUGCUUUUAGGUAUAUGUGUCGGAUUCUUCUUCGGCGUCUUUGGUAUACUAUUAAUGAAGUUUGAUGGAUUGUUCAACAGACGGCAAAAAAUGGCGAUUUUUGCCGGUGUGAUUGUUAAUGUUAUGUUUUGUCUUGUGAGAGGUUUUUAG